CCGCGCAUGCGCAGUGAAGAAGCCGGGCAGCAUGGCGGAUAAUUCGGUGUCAGAGUUACUAUUACAGAGACUCCAAGAUGGGGACUGUCAGGGUCUGGAUAGUCUGGAACUGGCCUCCAUAUUGGGGGUGGAUCAUCAGCAAGUGGUGGGGGCUGUGAAGAGCUUACAGUCCCUGGGAGAGGUGAGAUCAGCUGGGGGCACAGGGUAAUGCAAUAGUAUGGGCACAAUGUUAAUUUAAAGGGCUGUCAAAAUCUGUGUCCUCCAUAACAUGCAGACUAUCCCUCACACUGUGCAUGUUACAUACCAUACCAUACCAAUGUCAAUAAUAACAUACAUUAUCUUUCUUCAUUUCAUACACCAACCCAUUUAUAUGGAUAGAAGGCUAAUAAUGUUUUGUAGCAGGAGUAGGCAACUUUGGGAACUUCAGAAGUUUUGGACUACCAUCUGCCCCUGUUGCUUUGCCAUCAUUAUGUGCUAAGAGCAUUAUGGGUGAUGUAGUCCACAACAUCUGGUGUAGCGAAGGUUGUCUACUCCUGUUCUAUCCAGCCUAAUGCCUGGUAAGAAAAACUAACUACAUAACUAAAAGUUAGCAGUGGGUUGUGCUUUCUUUUACUUUGGAACAGAAUCAUGUUUAAAUUUAAAAAAUAAAAAAAUUUAUGCCUGCCCUGUGAUCAUGAGUUUUUAUGAAAGGCAUCAUUGGGGUACCACUUUGUGAGAGGAGAAUGCUGGCGUCCCAUGUAGUGGGUUGAUGUCAGCGCCAGUCCUUGGAAGUGCGGCAUUUUAUACUUUAUAAUGCCCACUUCUGCUUCCUUUGAUUGGCAUUUGCUUUCAUUCACAAACCUCUUCAAUGAAAGAUGUAUCCAUAACUGCUUUACAUUUCCAUGUCAAUAUUCCCUUGAUGCAUAUUUCUGAAAGCUGGACAAUGCUGGCACACAAUUUUAUCUUUACCAACAUAUAUAUUUCUAAGACCCCUGCGGGUCCAAUUUGGCUAUUUUGCCCUGAACUUUGAAUUCUCACUUUUGUGAAUAACUUUGAUAGUGUUCUAAAGUCCGUGCCGUCUGCACUUCUGUAUUGCUGUUUUUCUUUUUUUGAUUAUUCUAAUACGUUGACGCUAUUAAUGUCUCCAUGUAGAUUAUUGAAGCUGAGCAGAAAUCCAGUAAACGGUGGGAGUUGACCACGGAAGGUGAAGAGAUUGCACGGGAAGGCAGUCAUGAGGCCAGAGUCUUUUACAGCUUGCCCAAGGAGGGCCUGGCACAGAGUGAGCUCAUGGUGAGCCUAUGAAGAAUGACUUUCAGAAGUACAUAAUGACCACUUAAUAACUUAACACAAAACUAUAAUUCAGCGAUUAGGUGAAAUGAUUACAGUCCAAUGGUAGCUCAAACACCAAGUCUCUCUCUUCCGAUCGAGAGCUGGGUAAAACAGGGGGUAGGUGCAGCACCUAAAUAGUCCUUAUUCUGGUAUAUCUAAUGACAAGAAUAAAAACCAGAGGAAAACAGAGUAAUAUAGUAAAACUAUAGUUGGUAUAAAUAAGAUAAAAAAAUGUGCACUCACACGUUUAUGGCGCUUCAAUGCAGCUCCAACUUCUGCACAUAAGUUGAAGUUCCAUAAAAGUGUGAGUGCACAUUUUUUCAUCUUAUUUAUACCAAAUAUAGUUUUAAGAUAAAAAAUGUGCACUCACACUUUUAUGGAACUUCAACUUAUGUGCAGAAGUUGGAGCUGCAUUGAAGCGCCAUAAACGUGUGAGUGCACAUUUUUUUAUCUUAUUUAUACCAACUAUAGUUUUACUAUAUUACACUGUUGUUUUCCUCUGGUUUUUAUUCUUGUCAUUAGAUGUACACUAAUAAGGGCUAUUUAGGUGUUGCACCUACCUCCUGUUUUAUGCAACUUUAACCUAAUACCGAACAGUUGGCUUCAGAAAAAGUAUUGGGAUAGAUUAGAAGUCUGUAUUGGUAGAAACCUGCCUGCCGUGUGUAUAAAACUUGAGAAAGUUACAUUUUAACCCCUUAAGGACACAUGACAUGUGUGAAAUGUCAUGAUUCCCUUUUAUUCCAGAAGUUUGGUCCUCAAGGGGUUAAAGAACCUAUUAUUUUUUUUUAUUUAUUUUUUUUGUAAUAAAACUCAUUUGGAAAAAAAAUGCACCCAUUACAGAAAAAGAAUAAAAAAUGCUCAGGUAGCUGGUGUGUUUUGUGACCCAUGCUGUGUACAUAUUCACGUUAUAUUUUAUUAAAUAUCUCUGUAGAAUGCACUGUUUAUGUAUGUUUGGAUAUAUCAUGGCGUGCAUUUAUUUGGCUGUGUCUCUGUUCGCACGCGUUACUAUGUGUGAAUUAUUUAUUAUAGAUCUUGUAUAACAAACCACCUGUUCUCUCUCAUAGAAACUGCCUAUAGGGAAGAUUGGCUUCAGCAAGGCCAUGUCUAACCGCUGGAUCAAACUGGAUAAAUCUGCAGCUGGAGGUCCGAGGGUCUUCCAGGCAGUAAGUGUCUAUGCCGUCACCUGAGUCUAUUCUCUGUGUGUGUGUAUAAAAACUAUUUAAAUCUAUUUAUUUAUUCAUUUUCUUUUAUCCUUUCUACUCGUUGCUCAGGCUUUAUACUUUAUCUGUCCAAAAAAUUUUUUCACUCUCACCCAUCUUUUCUCUGGCCCCGAUCUUUGUCCCUUUUUUUACCUCCCUAAACCUGUCUUCAAAUUUGACAAACUAUAUCAUUUAUCCGCCAAGCUGUAAUUUUUCAUGUAGUUAGCAAACCACUGUAGAUGGUACUCUGAAGUGGCACCAUAACCACAACACCUGACAUUCUCAGUGAAUAAUGUCCAAAGUUGAGCUAAACUGAUAGUGCUAAUGCUGUAGUAGGGACUUCCGAUUUAGCAUAUUAGUGAGGGUCGGAGUGACGGUGAGCAUCUGACAGAGCCAAUAAAAUAUCAGACCAGUCGUGAAUGCUUUCAUAGCUCACUGUGGAUCAGCGUCAAAAGCCUUCUGGCUCCUUAGCUGCCACAAGGCUCUAAAGUCAGAUGGGAACUGGUUGGGUAUGAUUACCUGGGAUAAUCAUGAUAUAUUCUGCCCUCACAUUGUGUUUUAAGAAUAGUCUUUUUCACUGCUUCAUGCAGCAGUUAUACUGUCAGUAGUCUAUUUUCUGUCCUCUUUUGUUUGUUUUUAUCAGUUACGCAGCGGUUUGACAAAAAACGGGGCAUUCACCCAGACACUUAUCCUUCAUUACCCGACGAUGUGGAAUAUGCUUAAAAACAUUAUCCAUAACCUCGUCACAGCACUAGCGAUACUUAAGCAGGUUCUCUGUUUAAUUAUUGGAUGACCUUGUGAUUUGUUUAUUCAUGUCCUGAUUUUCCUCCCGAUGUAGGUUGACUCAGUGGACGAUAGCGUGAAGGAGAAGCUUCAGUUGGUCCUGCAAGGAAAGACUGAGAGCAUCAAUGAAAAAGAAAGGAAUGAGCUGAAAAAGAGGAAACUGCUCAACGAAGUGUGAGUGCGGAACUGUGUUGGGUUAUAAAACUGCUAAAAUUAGUUUCUUCUUAAAUUUCAUUUUAACAUAAAUCAUCCCUAAAUGCAUUUAAUACAUUGUAUAUAACAGAUACAUGAUGUAUUCAAUGUAAAGAUUUGAGAUAUUAAAGGUACCCUAUACAUGUAUUCCUAACGCUGUAGUGUAGUGGCAAAACACUGCGUCAAUCAAAUGCUCUCUAGUAUAGUAGUUUGAGCUUGUUAACUCGUAUAUCUGUGGAAGUGCUCACAGCCACUAGAUAUGUUAAAAAUGCAAUGAACAAGCAACUUUAUUAUUUCUGUGAAACAGCGGUGUUUUCAGUUGCAGAGUUAAACAGACAGGUACAUGGCACCAGACCACUUCAUUGAAAUGUCUGGUGCCUAUAGAGUCCCUGUAACUUCUUUCCUCUGAUUCUGUGCCACGUAUCCUCAUCUUUGUGGUUGUUACUCUUCUGUAAGUACCGGAUUCUGGACUGCCUUUGUUCUAUCCAGUUUGUUUGCCCUGAUCAGGGAAUCUUCUGAAUUUAGGGAAAACCUCCUCUGCGCUGCUGACACACAGGAUUUGACAGCGUUGGGACGGAGUGAAAUCUGUCACUUAGUUCCUUUACUUUCUAGCCAGCGCUAGCAGAGCCAGAAAUUACAAUAACCACCACAGAGCAUGUGCUAAGCUUGGUGAACGAAGGGGCUGUCAGUGGGAGGGCUCUUCUGCUCUUCUUAAAUCUGACUGACAGGUGGGAGAAAGACCUGUCUUUAAAUAGGUUUUCCUCCCUGUCUAUACAUUGCCAGCACAAUUUAUUGAUUCAAUUUUAUGCUCUGUCAGAAAAAUUCAUUCGUUGUAGGUACUAUAAGAGGUACCCUUUAAUCAUUCCAAUGACAGAUCCUCAUUCAUUAUUUAACAAUGUCCUGACCAACACGUAAUGGUUUGGAUGAUAUUCAGUAAAACAGAACAUUCUAAUUGUUAUUGAAUAUACUACUGCCUGCAUUUCUAGAGACCAAAAAUGCCGUUACAUACAUGAAUGACAAUAUAGGUUUAUGUGCCAAUUUCUGUUGAAAUGUGCACUUUUUGUAAAAUGAAAAGGACACACAUAAAGCACGUCAGCAAGCUGGAGAAUCCCUUUUAAAUGAGCACUAUAAGUAAAAUUAUAAAUUACUAUAGCUUGUUCUAUUAUUACACCUUAUUUUAGUGGUUAUAGUGUAACUUGUUUCCCCUCUGCUUUUUGUCAAAGUGUUUUUAAUGUAGUUUAAUAAGAUACUUGGGCACCCAAAGCAAACCCUCUCAGCCACGGACUUGGUAAAGAAGAAUUUUACCACCUCCGGAUCAGUUUAAAUAUUUGGAUAGAUGAAUGAUAGGCUCUCUGUGCUAGACCAUGUUAGGGUUUCACAGCAUUCUCACUAUGUGUGUCUGAUGUUGUUUUAUUUUGUUUCAGAACAAUUAAAACUUACUGGGUUACAAAAGGCAGUGGAUUCAGCACAAGCAUUACAAAGCAAGAAACAGAUCUGACUCCAGAGAUGAUUGCCAGGUAACAGGGGUCUGUGUGCCUUUUAUAGAGGUGUCUAAAGACAUUCGAUGGCCCUUCUAACUUCUAAACUUCAUAUAUGCCAAUCUCCGUCAUUACUAGGCGGUCUAGAAGGGGCUCCUGGGAUAGUGACAUAGUUUAAACCCUGGAGGUCACUAUACUGUGGUAUCUGGUUCUAGGUUCAUAUUUGAGCUCAAGGUUGUUUUAGAAUAGCAGCUCAGCCACAUAUUAUAAUUAUAUACUGAUACUAUUUCUUUUCUUUUACUUAGUUGUAUUGUGCAACAAUUAACUUUUUAUUCUGCUAUCACAGAAAAUGUUGUGUUAUUUGUUUCACUGCAUGACGUAGAGACCAGGUCUGUGUAUGUCCCCUUCUUAUUGAAAUCAUUCUGCCGUGGGCUGAGCCGGGAUAGUGUACAUAACCCAGAGCUCGUCUUCUAUUCUGUGUUGCCCUGUGCUGUGAGGGACAGACUCCAUGUCCCAUAGCUCUCACCUGUCUGUGUCACCCUGUGCUGGGAGGGACAGACUCCAUGUCCCAUAGCUCCCUCCUGCCUGUGUCACCCUGUGCUGGGAGGGACAGACUCCAUGUCCCAUAGCUCCCUCCUGUCUGUGUCACCCUGUGCUGGGAGGGACAGACUCCGUGUCCCAUAGCUCCCUCCUGUCUGUGUCACCCUGUGCUGGGAUAGACAGACUCCAUGUCCCAUAGCUCCCUCCUCUCUGUAUCACCCUGUGCUGGGAGGGACAGACUCUAUGUCCCAUAGCUCCCUCCUGUCUGUGUCACCCUGUGCUGGGAGGGACAGACUCUGUGCCCAUAGCUCCCUCCUGUCUGUGUCACCCUGUGUUGGGAGGGACAGACUCCAUGUCCCAUAGCUCCCUCCUGUUAUCUCCUGUCCUCCCUACUUUAGGUUAUGUAUGAUGGUAUUUGUAGUAUAACACUCUGUAGAGAAAAUUAAUGUGGUUUCACUGGACUUUAUGCACGUCAUCUAUCUUCUGUAUGUUUAUCUAUCCCAACACCUACCACCUUUUCUCUUUUGUCGCACUCAGUGGUUCCUGGAGAGAGAAGAAGUUCAAAGCAUAUAAUUUUAAUGCCCUAGGUGUGAUGCCCGAGUGUGGUCAUCUUCACCCCCUUCUUAAGGUCCGCACACAGUUCCGACAGAUUUUCCUUGAGAUGGGGUGAGUUAACCAGAGCUACGUAAACCUUGAUGUCAUUAUGGGAAGAGCCAGCAAUAUAUGUGUUUAUAUGUAUUUACCUCAUUCCCUAGAUUCACAGAGAUGCCAACCAAUAACUUCAUUGAGAGCUCGUUCUGGAAUUUUGAUGCCCUCUUUCAGCCCCAGCAGCACCCAGCCAGGGAUCAGCACGACACGUUCUUCUUGCAGGGUAGGUAUCUUCCCUUGGGUGUAAUUCCAACCAGGUAAUGUUUUAGUGCUUAAUUCUAGUCCAGCCAGUGUGAGGAAACUGAAAAUAAACCAACCAAAGCUCAAUCACUUUCGCCCGGCAGGAGGAGAGACGUAUGUUGCCUAGUGACAGACCGAAUGUUCUAACAAUAAUACUACCUUUAAAUCAAGCAGUAUGAGAUUUGUCAUACAAGUAACAGUGAGGCUAAUACACUUUAGGUUUCUGUCAGUGUGUGUGACCUAUUUAGUGCAGGGCUGGGAUUGAAUCAUUUUAAGCUGCCAUUUUAUACAUGUAGAGCAGCAGUGAUUAUUUUUGUAUUGCUCUGCGUUGUUAUUGUCACUUUCUGUAAGAACUGAAAUUACAGGGGGCGGAGCCUGGAUGCAGAGCUGAUCAGACACGCAUCGGCUGAGCUCUACAGACUGGGAUUGAUAAACGACGGAUUACCGGGGCCACUCGCCAAACCGACCAGCCACCGACGACUUCCCAGAUAAGGGAACGACGGUGCAUCCAGGGAUACCAAAAUCCAACCGUUUUGGCACUGAAACGCUGCCGUUCAGGCUUGCGGCCUACACAAGCGUGGGCAGAGGAGAGGCGGCCGCUCUCUGAGCCCUAUUCCCGGCGGAGUGCACAUAGCACCAGGAUGUCCCCCCCCUCUGGACCGGUGGGGGUCAUCCCGGUCCCCCUCCUGACAUACCCAGCACCAACAAGCCGGCUACGAGAAGCCAUCAAGCGACAAGAUUAAGCAGCAACCGUCAAACUUAAAAUGGCGGACACUCCUGACACACAAGCUCCUGACACAGAACAAGUUGCGAUUUCACUCCAGAGCACUUUUGAGCGCUUGCUCCACAACGUCGACAGGCUCUUUACAAACUUCUGGGCAAAGUUAGAGGCCCGCGCCAUGGAGACACCGCGUCAGAACCAAGAGCACAGCAGAGAGAAGCGGGAGGUGAGCGGGCCCCCUCAGGGCGAACUCCCACAUCAAAUGCCUGACACAGCGCAAACGGACCAGACAAGGCCCAAAGCCACCAGGGGCAUACUACCCCGAUAUAUGCAGCGGAGGCUGAGAAUCCACCGCCACUGGCGGCAACGCUACAGCAGGAGCACCAGCCGCCCCUUCCAUCAAAGAGACUUGGCCUGGAGACAGAGGGCCCGAACCUCUCACCCUCACCCUCACCUGACAGCCGCCCGAGACUGCACUUGCAGAGCCUUCAAUUAACAGAGCAGAGGUAACAGCACAGGGGCCCUGAUGGAGUGUAGCCGGCGGAGGGGCCGACACGGCACCACAGUCCGAGCUCUGGGAACUGCAAGACCACGGCCCCCGCAGCGGGCAACCCAGCAGAAACCUCAAAGCCUGGGCCCUAAGGUGACAAGACAAGACACAGGGAUUAACAACGAAAAAGACUCACCCCCAAAGCCUCCAAGCGGCAUGGGUUGACGGCCAUUAAAGGACGCUAUGACAUCUGGUACCAGAGCCUUAUAGCAAAACUACCAUAGUCAUAACCAUAACAAUCCUGAUCUAGCAUGUAAAUAAUUAACCUUAUCUCUGUGUACCUACAAUACAACCCAUGUAUGCUGUAGCUUCUUAACUGUUAGGCAAUAGCUUCUUAAGCGCAGCAUGUAUACUCAGUACAGUAUAAAACUUUAAGCAACAUGUUUAUUAAUCUUAACAAGUUUUUUAAUCCUAUUAUUACUGCUACUCGUUGAAACACAGCAUUGUAAGCUUUACAGUACUUGCAGGAUGGUGAUCCUAGCCAUAGAUGGUACUAACUACAGAACUUCCCCUGCAUAAAGCAUAUAUGAGCUUAGCCUGUAACGCAUACUUCACUUAAUCAUAAAAAUGCGCAUUAAUCCUACAUCUAAGUGACCUCUAUGUCUUGGAUUACUGUCAUGGCAACAUAACUACAAUCUGAUGUGCAAAAAGUUGAGUUAAACGAAAUCUUAAUCUAACAUGUUAUACCAUUCAGCAACACCUAUUAGCUUGUUAUCAUUACGUAAUAUAAAAAAAAAAAAAGUGCAUUGUCUACCUAACCCCCACUGUAACUAAUGUCUUGAAAUCAGCAUAUGGAAUGCCGUUGGGGUACCAUAUGUAUACCUGUAACCACCAUACGCACUGCAAAAAAAAAGAAUAAAAAAAAAAAAAAGAACUGAAAUUACAGCAGGGAUGUUUUUAUUUUUAGAUCCGGUUUUCGCAACAGAAUUUCCCAUGGAUUACCUAGCAAGGGUGAAGAAAGUUCAUUCUGAAGGAGGAUAUGGCUCACAAGGGUACACGGUCUAUGGGUUAUAUAUUCUUACCCGCUAGUGAGCGUUAAAUGCCAUCAUAGCUCUCAGGUGUCUAGUCCCCUCCAGUCUGUGUCACUGGGUGCUGCGAGGGAUAGACUCCAUGUCCCAUAGCUCCCUCAUGUCUGUCUCACCCUGUGCUGGGAGGGACAGACUCCAUGUCCCAUAGUUCCCUCCUGUCUGUGUCACCCUGUGCUGGGAGGGACAGACUCCAUGUCCCAUAGCUCCCUCCUGUCUGUGUCACACUGUACUGGGAGGGACAGACUCCAUGUCCCAUAGCUCCCUCCUGUUUGUGUCACCCUGUGCUGGGAGGGACAGACUUCAUGUCCCAUAGCCCACUCCUGUCUGUGUCACCCUGUGCUGGGAGGGACAGACUCCAUGUCCCAUAGCUCCCUCCUGUCUGUGUCACCCUGUGCCGGGAGGGACAGACUCCAUGUCCCAUAGUUCCCUCCUGUCUGUGUCACUCUGUGCUGGGAUGGACAGACUCCAUGUCCCAUAGCUCCCUCCUGUCUGUGUCACCCUGUGCUGGGAGGGACAAACUCCAUGUCCCAUUGUGCCCUUCUGUCUGUGUCACCACAAUGUAUAAGGGAGCAGACUCUAUAUUCCACAGGUCCAUAUUGUAUUAAUAAUUUAAGUUAAAUAGAUCAUGUUUUAUUUUUCUUUCCUACAGUUACAAAUAUGAUUGGAGUAUAACUGAAGCUCGAAAGAAUAUCUUGCGAACACACACUACAGCCGUCAGUGCUCGGAUGUUGUACAAACUCGCCCAGCAGGUAAAUAAUGUAUUUUAAUCUUAUGCUAAUCAAAGCUGCAGAAAUUUGAAAUAUUUAUAAAUAUAAUGCCAUAAAGUUAAACAGAAUAACCUUCAUUCGUAUUUUUUUUUUUUUGUAUUGUGAUUAAAAUAUUACUUUUUCCCAUGACCUCCAAGCUAUGGAUCUGCUGGUAUUGAAACCAUUGCAAGCUGCAUUGUAGUAUUUAAAACAUGUCUAAAGCUGACGUGCGCAAUUGAUGAGCUAAAUAGCUGUUCAGGUUACGAGCAGCCAAACACUGAUUGGCUAUUUCAGUGUCAGAUGACUGGACCUCAUCAUCCACGGUCCACAAACAAAGCCCUGAACGCUGGUCAAUGACUCAUUGCUUCCCUCUGCUGGUAUGAUUUCAGUACUGACUGAUCUUUACACUUUGAUAUUUGUAAAUUGCAUUUCCCAUGGUGCUCGGCAUCCUUACAGCUGGCUGAGUGUCAUGUGAAGUAUUGUUCAUAAACCUCAGUGAUUAUAUUAUCCAUCACUGUUGGAGGCUGGCUGAGAAUUAAUAAAAAUAUAGUUCAUUUUGUGCGCCUAAAAUAUAUAAUAAGACAUAUACAGAGUAUAAAAUAAAAUAUCAGAUAAUAAAAGUAAAUACAAAAUGGUAAUCAACAAUAGUCCAAAACACUUAUCAAGAGUCCGUAAUGGUAAGUUCUUUUGAGGAAACAGGAAAUCCUGAGAAAUUUCCUGUUUCCUCAAAAGAACUUACCAUUACGGACUCUUGAUAAGUGUUUUGGACAAUUGUUGAUUACCAUUUUAUAUUUACUUUUAUUAUCUGAUAUUUUAUUUUAUACUCUGUAUAUGUCUUAUUAUAUAUUUUAGGCGCACUCUUAUCCUUUUUAUUUGUUUUUGUCUUUUAUAGCUAGGGGAUUAUAGGGGACUCCCCUCUGAGAAGUGCUGCCUUCUUUAUUUAUUUGUGUGGCAGUUGAGCGCUGAUUUGUUUCCCUUUUCGUAUAGUUCAUUUUGUCCAUGCUUUAGCACUCGCAGGAGAUAUGCGGCCUUUAAGGGAGCUGUUUGAUGCUUCCCUCGCUCUACACAGAUACUCUCUCUUCCUCCCUACAGAAGGAGUUCACCCCUGUCAAGUAUUUCUCCAUUGACCGUGUGUUUAGGAAUGAGACCCUGGAUGCUACACAUUUAGCAGAGUUUCAUCAGAUUGAAGGAGUGGUGGCAGAUUACGGCCUGACGCUGGGAAAUCUUAUGGGCGUCCUUAAGGAAUUCUUCACCAAACUUGGUAUAUUCCAUAUGUAGUAUACUUUUCUUUCUCCCCCUCUCCCCACAAUGAUGUGUUUCAAUUAAGGUAUAAUCACUCCUUUGUACCCUUUACACGUAGACUGUUCCACUUAUAGAAUUAGCAUUCCUUUCUGGGUUUUUUUAUUCAUUUGCAAUAUCAUAAUGAAAAAUCUACUUGUAUAACUUGAUGGACUUUAGUCUUUUCUUAACCUAGACUACAAUGUAAUUAUUUAAAGGGACACUAUGGUCACCAGAACCACUACAGCUUAACGUGGUUCUGGUGUCCAUAGCUUGCAGCCAUUGCUUACAUUACAACCUAGAGAAACACCUCACAGACCACUGCUAGAAGUACUUCCUCGGUGUGUGCAGCACUGACGUUAAGCAUCUCCAUGCAGUGCAUGGAGACGCUGAAUGUUCCCUAUAGAAAUGAAUAGAUCCAAUGCAGAUCUAUGAGGAGAUGCUGAUUGGUGCAGCGCAGUGUUUUGCCUCCAAGUGUUUUCCUAUAGAAAAGUAAUGGAAUGGCUGAGGUUGUCAAAAUUGAUGAUCUCAGCCAAUGGAGGCGGGGCCAGCGGUGGCUAGACCAGCGUGGCUUGGGGAAAAAAAAAUAAGUAAAAUCAUCUUCUUGCUUUGAUCGAAAGGAGUGCAGUCACCCAAACAGCCACUUCAGGGCUAUAAUAUCCGGAAUAUAGGUUUGUUUUUGUGAAAAUUUAGUGUUUUGUUUUCUUUUUCUUUAAAUUUUAUGUUAUUACUAGAAAUGUAGGUAUUUAUGUAAAACAGAGUUCAGAAAUAUCUGGACUGACAGCACCAUGACAGCGGCUCACAAUGUUCUGUAGGGUCAUCAACAGUACGCCACCAUGUGGAACGUUUGUGAAUUACAAUGAUGCAGUAUAUCUCCAGACUCUUUGGAGUAAGCAUUAUUAUUUAGCAGGAAAGUAUCUUUAAAUGUGUGUGUGUGUAUGUAUGUGUGUGUGUGUAUAUAUAUAUAUAUAUAUAUAUAUAUAUAUAUAUAUAUGAUGUCAGUGUUUGGACAAAUUGGUACUUAUUGUCAGUGAAUUGUCAUUAAGUCUUUAUUUUUUUACAGGAAUAACCAAACUGCGCUUUAAGCCAGCGUAUAACCCUUACACAGAACCUAGUAUGGAGGUGUUCAGCUACCAUGAAGGUAAGUUUUAUCACAGUAUAGAUUUUUGAGUCUAUUCAUUAUAUAAUGGUGUACAACGAACUGGCAAACCAUGAUCUCAAAGGAAAAAAAUUGGUAGGCGAAAUCGGUCAUGUUGAACAUACGUUUUAAUGAAAUAAUCCUUCAAAUAAGGCUGACCUAACCAGUGGAGCUUACACUCUAAAUGAUAGUUGGACUAUCCUGCGGUGCUCAUACAGCAAAGAUUCAGGCAAUGGAGAUUUGGUGAGAUAAGAAAUUUUCUAAUCUAAAACAAUAUUCCCAACAGACUAAUACUUUCAUCUAAGGAAGGAAUAGUAAUUUUACCUGGAAUUACACCUUGAGGAUCAGUCAGGUUUUUACUGUGGAGGUAACCAUCUGGGAAUUGCAUUGCAAUUUGUAAAUACUCUGUGACAAUUACAGACAACAUUGAGAGCAGUCGGUCAUAAUUUGUGGCUUCUGAGCAGCUGCCUGCUGUCCACCGGAUAGCCGUCCCCAGGUAAGAAGUCAAACUGUUGGCAAAUUAUUUGACUACUUACAUGGGGUGGGGGCACCAGAGCACUUCUGGCUCCGUAACCUCUACAGUACGUUAUAGUGGUUAUGGUGUUGGGAGUAUUCCUUUAAAAAGCAAUGACAUACCGUUAAAUUCAUAUUUUAAAGGGGCCCUACAGCCUGUAAUGAUACUUUUUUUUUUUUUUUUAAAUGCAUUAUAAAGUUUAUAUCUUUAAAAUAUCAAAAUAAGCUAUUCACACUUUAAUUUGCUGUAUUUGCAAUUAAUAUAUAGCUAGUUCUGUGACAAGUUUUAAUCAUCCAAUGAUGCUUCUAUUAUUUUACUAUGGUUCUUUAAGGGCAGAACUCAGGUUUAUGGGGGUUUUAGUUCAUAAAUUUUCUGUUUAUCAAACGUUUUUAUUCAUCUUCACCUCCUGAAUGAGUGAAAACCACGUUUGUUUGUUUAAAAUUGAAAAUCAUGGAGGCUGUGAAGGAGGAGCAGGAAGGUUGGAUCAUGAUUCUUUAGAAAUAGAAAACAAACAAGAUUAAGAAAAACAACCAGCCCAGGAUAACGAAGUGUAACCUAACUGUACCCAAUGUUCCUUCCCAUUUAACUCUGUCUUUAAAACAGAGGGGGGAAAUGAGUCAGACAGGCAGACUAUUUGUGCAUUAGUUGUGCAUCAUGUGCUUCAUUACAGUAAUUAGAUCGCAGGAGGUGGUACAGUGGAGGCUGGAUGCAGAAUGCUGCAAACAUAUAUGUUCCCUCCCAAACAAAUAGACAAAUCAAACACACCAAUACAGCUAAUUAUUUAGGCAAAAAGCUAUAAAAUUUCUAUCCUCAUGAGACCCAGCCCAUAAAUUGUGUCCUGUUGUAUUGUAAAGAGGACAUCCGGGGCUUUCCAGUGAUAUGUCAUGUGAUAGGCUGGGAUGCUGGGAACUUCCUCUUCCGUUUCAUCAAAACCAGAUGGCAUAUUGGAAGACAAUGUUUUCCUCAUUUCCCAGCAGGAUAAAUGUUGUAUUGGUGCAGUUCUCUCCACGUUUGGUGCACACGUUGAUCUCAAAGAGCAGAGAUUGGCUGACAUUAUUCAGUCACUUCCAAAAUAUUCUACCCUAUAAAACUUUAUGGUGUUUUCAGUCAAGACAAGAAUAUCACCUGUUCUUUAUGAUAUUGGAAGCGGCAACACAACAGGAUGUAUCUGCUUAACCAGAGCAACAAAAAAUGCCCCAAAAUAUUCUUAAAAUAAUGAUAAUGAUUUAACCCUUUCCAUUGCUUUUUUAACUUGUAAACUUGAAAGUGAAGGUUUAAACACGGUUUUGCUGGUUCUGCUUUUAAUUUAAACUUUGUGUACACUUUAGUCUGUGUAUCUUAUAUUGCAUAACGUAUUGGCAUUUAAAACAUAGAUGAUAACAGCGUUUACAUAAACAAAUCCUUUUUUGUUUAUGUUUAUUGAAGAUAUAUUUUCUAUAGCAUUUGGCCAUUUUAUUUUAUUUUUUUCCUCGUAGGUUUGAAAAAAUGGGUCGAAGUUGGAAAUUCUGGGGUCUUCCGACCAGAAAUGCUACUGCCAAUGGGUCUUCCAGAAGGAGUGUCUGUUAUCGCAUGGGGGCUGUCGCUGGAAAGGUGAGCACAGUGUUUAGCUUAAUACAAAACCACCAAAAAAAGCAGAGGUUAAAAGCAGAAUAAGCAAAGAUUUAGUUAAAAAAACGCAUGGUUUGUUUUGUUGAAAUUUUUUUAUUUUCUUACACAUAAAUAAUACUUUUUUUUUUUUUCUUUUUUUUUUAAAUCUUCUGGAUACCACCAUGCUUCAGCUCCCUAUUCAGCAGUAUUUAUGAAGGGGAAACCCUGCAGGUUGGGAGGGACACUAAGAAAGGGUGAACUUACAGAGCAAACCUAUCGAAUAUUUAUGUUUAAAGCGGCACUGUCAUGCCGAAUCCAGUUUUUUUUUUUUUUUAAACCCCCCUCCGGCCUCCACUACAUCUGACACCCUAGUCACCCCCUAAACCCUCCCACAUUACCUAUUUUUUAUUCCUUAUUUUCUGCCCCGAUCUAUAUUCAGGGCGCCACCAUCUUUGUGUGGGUAGAUGAAGUUCCUGUGGGAAACGUCUUCAGCCCACACUAGACAGACUGUGAGAUUCCCGCACAUGCCCAGUGAAACACCUGGACAUGCGAACGGGAAUUUCAUCCAUUCAUUCAUCAGAAAGACGAAUGAGUGAAUAGAAAUAUCAGCCGAACAAACUAACACUGUGUAUCUGAGUAUCAGUGUUCGUUUGUUCGUGCAGUUUAUUACAAGGAGCGAGCUACCGGCACGGGUGGGGGGCCAUAAAGAUAAUCGGGGGGGGAGGACCUACUGUCCGCCCCCACCCCUGGGCGGCAGGUGGGGGCCAAAUGAUAAUGGGGGAACCUACUGUCCACCCCCUCCGGCCCCCCCAGGCAGCGGGUGGGGGCCAUAAAGAUAGUUUCCCCCCCCCCACAAGGUGACUAGGGGUCCCCAAGCCCCUAGUCACCCACCCCCCCACCCAAAUAAAAAGUCCCUACCUACCCCCCUCACCCUAAAAAAUAGUGAGGGGGGAAUAAAAUAACUAACCUGUAAAAUAAAAUUAAACUUACCAUUCGACGUCUUCUUUUUUUCUCAAAUCUUAAUUUUUCAGCCCCAAAAAAGGCCAAAUAAAAAAACAUCAUAACCGUCGAACUAAAAAUAAAAUAAAAAUCCUGAGUGCAAAAAAAAAAACCUGACAAAAAAGAAAAAACCCGAGCGCAAAAAAGAAAUCCAUCUUCACCCAUGGAGGGCUCUGCAAUGAGGAUAAGAACACUCUGAUUGGCUUAAACCCACCAAUCAGAGUGUCCUUAGCCUAAUUGCAGGGCGGGGCAAGGCUUUAUAAGCCUUCCCCCCUGCGGAGCUCAAUCUGCCCGGUUUAAUUUUAUUUUACAGGUUAGUUAUUUUAUUCCCCCCUCACUAUUUUUUUUUUUUUUUUUAGGGUGAGGGGGGUAGGUAGGGACUUUUUAUUUGGGUGGGGGGGUGGGUGACUAGGGGCUUGGGGACCCCUAGUCACCUUGUGGGGGGGGAAUUGACUUAGGGUCCCCACCCGCCAUCCAGGGGUGGGGGCCGGGGGGGGGAGGGGAGAGGACAGUAGGUCCCCCCCAACCCUCAUUAUCUUUAUGGUCGCCGCCCAGGGGUGGGGGCCGGAGGGGGGGUGGACAGUAGGUCCCCCCCCCAUUAUCAUUAUUGCCCCCACCCACCUCCCAGGGUGGUGAGGGGGGGGGCUGCUAAACCCCCCAUUAUCUUUAUGGCCCCCACCCGCCGCCCCGGGGGGGACGGGACAGUAGGUCCCCAUUAUCAUUAUGAUCCUGAGAGAGGAGGAGAAGAGGAAGAGAUUGAGGAAAGGUAAGUUCGGCAUGACAGUGCCGCUUUAAUGUACUGAGUACAAGAUGACCUAAUGUUAAUUACAACCUGAUCCUGUUUUUCACUUUUAAUAGCUAAAAGCAAACACCUGGUAAAUAGAUAUUUUCCUUAUACAUGUUUUAAUUAUUAUUUUAAGGCCGACAAUGAUAAAGUAUGGCAUUAACAACAUCCGGGAGCUGGUUGGCCACAAGGUGAACUUGCAGAUGGUCUACGAUAGUCCGAUAUGUCUCCUAGAUUCUUAAGGCUCAACAUCCCCAAGCUGAAAAAACACCUUUUUUUUAUUCUCUUUGGGAACAUCGAGGGCCAUGCGCCAACCUAAUGCAAUAUUUAUUUUUGUCUUAUAACAAACAGUGUAUUUUCACUUUUACCCAAGUAAACAAAAGUUUGGUAAAGAUAAACGAUCAGUUGUAUUUUUUUUUUUAUUUUUAUUUUUUUUUUUAUUCUGCGUUUUCUUUCCCCUCCCUAAAAUGUCCUUACUAUAUGGAUACCUAAAAACAUGAUGAUACUCUGUGGCUAUUCAAAUGUUGUUCUUUUCCAUUUCCAUC